AUGCCACCUCCAAAGUCCAAGGCCGAGUCGCAGCUUCAAAAGGAAAAGCUUGUCAACUCGUACCAUGAGCUCCUGAACGAGUUCUCUUCCAAAGAGCUGCGGAAUGUCGGGAACUACGCUCUCGGAAAGCUGAUUGGGAAGGGCUCCUUUGGCAAGGUCUACCUGGCUACACACAAGCUCACAAAUGGAUCAAAGGUUGUGCUCAAGUCCUCGUCUCGAGAGGAUCCCAACCUCGCCCGCGAAAUACACCACCACCGCCAAUUUCACCACCCUCACAUUGCCAGGCUGUACGAGGUGAUAGUGACAGAGAAGCUCGUGUGGCUGGUGCUGGAAUACUGUCCUGGUGACGAAUUGUACAACCACCUCCUUCAGAAUGGGCCCAUGCCAAUUGAAAAGACCCAGAAGAUAUUCACACAGCUAGUCGGCGCCGUUGCAUACGUCCACAGCAAGUCCUGCGUUCAUCGAGAUCUCAAGCUGGAGAACAUCCUCCUGGAUAAACAUGAGAAUGUGAAACUAUGCGAUUUUGGCUUCACAAGAGAAUACGACGGCAAGGCUAGCUAUCUCCAAACUUUCUGCGGGACGAUAUGCUACAGUGCUCCUGAGAUGCUCAAAGGCGAGAAAUACGCUGGAGAAAAAGUCGACGUCUGGAGUCUGGGGAUCAUUCUCUACGCCCUCAUAGCUGGAGAAUUGCCAUGGGACGAUGACGAUGAUCAAGUCACCAAAUCCAGGAUUCUCACCGAAGAGCCCAAAUAUACCGACCGGUUCCCGGACGACGCCAAAUCACUGAUCAAUUUGCUGCUCUCAAAACGUCCGCUUCUCCGUCCGACUCUCAGUGAUGUCCUGGCCCAUCCGUUCCUAGCUGAAUUUGCUCCCCAACAGCAGGCCAAUCUGAAGCUCACUCGACCUCCUCCUUUCUCAACUCCGCUGGAAAAGGCAACGCUGGAGCGUAUGCGGAGCGCAGGCGUAAAUACGGAACAGGUCAUGCAGAAUGUGCUAGCACAGCGAUGCGACGCUCUGGCAGGCUGGUGGACGCUGUUGAUCGAAAAGGAGGAGCGCAAGGAGAGACGCAGAGAAAGAAAGAGACGGGAAAAGGAAGCCGAGGCUAAGAAUCUACGGCGACUGAGCGCUGCAAGCAGCCGGCUGGAACGGAUAUCUGCUGCUCUUGUCGAGGUAGAUGAAGAAGGGCAUCCUGAAGAUCCCAGGUCGCGAGGCAGACGGGAAAGACGAAGCUUGACGAGUCAGCAAUUGAACGUCCCAGAUCUGCCAAAGCUGCCUGAAACUGCGCCGUCUUCAGACGGUCUGCUCACUCCUCCGCUACCACCUCCCCCUCCGGUAGAGAAGGACUUCCCGCGACCCCCUAGAUCUACUUCCAGAGGCCGUCCUGUGCCUCCUCCUAAGGAACGGCGGAUCUCCAAAGGAAGCAAUUAUCACCUAAGUGCGUCUCAGCCGGAUCUAACGCGUCCUCAGGGGAUCUUACGACGGCAAGGAGCACGGCGUCGCCAAUACCCUAUCAUCAGCCAGCUGGCGCAGCUCAAACACUGGAUAAUAGAGUCUACCAAACGCGCCAAAUCACCACAUCCGAAGGCCUUCUCCAGCUCUACCAGAAAAUUCCUCUCCAAUCACUCGAGCCCCCCAAAGAAGGGAGAUACACCCAACAAGGACGCAGCCGUCACGCCCACAAGUCCUAAUUUCCCUCAGAACCAGCAAACUCCCACGGCCAAACGAUCUUCUAAUGCUAGCAGUCUGGCACUCAGCAAUGCUUCUUACCCCGGCGCCAGGCGGACGUCAUCUCACACCCAGCGACCCCUGAAUACCUCGAGCUCACAUAACCGCAACUCCCUCUCUCCGUCUCCACUAACCCCUCGAAACUCAUACCGCCGCUCCUCUGCUGGUUUAAGAGGACGCAAGUCUACUUCUUCAUCUGUCUCCUCCAUUCGCACCGUUCACCACGCUCACUCCCAUUCAAAAACAUCCUCUAUAUCCUCCAACAGCAUCGACACCGUCUCGACCCCAACCGGUCCCUCUGCCAAAGCCCUCGGACGCUCUCCUCAUUCUUCCAUUAAGAUCCUUCCCGCCACACCAACCUCCAUGUCCGUCUUUCCAAGCAACAUUCGACUCGUAAGAGGAGGCCCAAACAACAGCCUAACAAGUGCCUUCAAUGAAGCUGCUCCUGCACUUAUACCUUCGCCUUCGUCUGGGCCCAUCUUUGCCCGCAGGAAGCGAGCCACCUUCAAGGGUCCCACGCUUAGCUCGACACAUAUGCUUUCCGGCGCUGGACCCGGCACCCCCAGUCUUAUGCGCAGCAGGGCUAGCAGCGUAGCCUCAGGUGAGAUAAUGAUGGCCGGAGCACGAAAGAGCCAAAUCAUAGAAGAAGAGGAGGACGAAGUAUUGCCAGAUGACACCACGGAAGAAGUAGACUGCUUCAGUCCAACCGACGAACGGGGCCCAGGUUUUCCUGAAUCUUCAUCCCUUGAUGCUAAAUAUGCCAAUGCAAUAGCUGCCGCUGCAACAAUGGACCCAGCCAAUCUUCGCUCUGGCUCCGAGCGUGAUGGAUCCCCUGAUUCUCGUCAACUUCUUCCCGCCGCCGAAAUCACCGAACUUCCUUCUUUUUCAAAAAUACCAUCAACAGAGCAUGACCGAUCCCCUUUACGCCCGCCGCGUUCAUCAUCACUUCGAGAAGCCAAAAAUGGUUCCCCCGGCAGUUUAAAUGCAAGUGAUUCCCUGGACAAUAUAGCAGAAACAUCUCCUACUCUCAAGAAAACCUCGACCGCCACAAGCAGCUAG